CGCUCGAGACAGGCAAACAUAUUCAUUUUGCGGAGCGAUCUCGCCGUCUACAGUCGGACGUCCGUCGUUGCCUAAUGACAUAACGCAAAAGCAUUGGGAAAAAUAGAAGCACCUCGCAUGUCUUUGCACCUUGCACGCUUAGCAUAAUUGCAUGCUGCUACGAUCUGUGGAUUGACUAGAUCAUGGGCCUGGGCUCCACCGAUGGACGGGCCGUUCACGAAUCAGGAAGUCGUUCCGGCACACGAAUGGAUGUAAGUUCAUUAAUUCCGGCGGGUCUUCAAAGUGGACAAACAGAUUUGUGCGAGGUUCAAGCGGGAUAUAAUAAAUUUUCAGAAAAUUUACGAAAGUUUACACCACAGGCUAUACAAUGUGCUAUUUUUUGUGGUGGAUCUAGAUGUAAAUAUGAGAAUUCAAAAACUUGGCCACCUGUCCAUAUGGCAAUACAGAACAUCUUUUCGCAUUGGGUAACUGAUGAUGUUCUUGCAAUGGCACGACCCAACACUGCGCAAAUAAUAAAGAAAGAUAUAAUUGCCCAAUUCCAAGGAUGGAGUAUUAAAACCAUAAUAAACCUGCAAACACCUGGCGAACACGCUAGCUGCGGUAGUCCACUCGAAAACAGCGGCUUCACGUAUGAUCCCAAUAUUUUUAUGAAAAAUGACAUUUACUACUACAAUUUUGCUCUAAAGGAUUAUGGAGACGCUACAAUGGGAAAACUUCUGGAUAUGGUCAAGGUUGUGGCCUUUGCCGUACAAGAAGGAAGAGUAGCCAUUCACUGUCAUGCCGGUCUUGGUAGAACUGGUGUUCUGAUCGCGUGUUACCUCAUUUACAGUCUUCGGGUGAGAGCGAAUGAUGCUAUAAGGUUUGUCCGCAUGAAGCGCCCAUGUGCUAUACAAACGCGCGGGCAAAUACUUUGCAUACAGGAAUUCGAGCACUUCGUGCUUCCGCAAAUGAUAGUAUUUCCUUUAUAUAAUAUAACAGGAGAUCGUAAACUUUAUAGUCUUCAAUCAUACAUGAAGAAGCAAUACAACAUUUUACACGGAUAUGAACAACGUACCUUCAAACAUAUUCCAAAAAUUAUUUUUAUUAUUUGCGAACGGAUACUACAACUUUGCGAUUGUCAGGAAGACAAUUCGCCUUCCGAAAUUACAUAUACAACCUCUAACGUGCCUUUUACACAAUUGUUUAUUUGCCACAUGUUGGAGAAAUUUUGUGAUGGUAAAAAUAACAUGUGGCACUCCUAUUCAUGGGCGGAAUCCCUUACGGACUCUUCGUUUGAAUACUCAACAUCCACUAAAGCAUGUAAUAGUAGUCAGGGAUCGUCCCGAGAUACUUCCGAGGAUAUAGGAAGAUUGAGCGAUGUGUUUUGUAUGUCACCUGACACUCCUUCUUGUGACUCUGCAUUUCCAGAAUGGUUCAAUUAAAUCCAUUUAACGUAAUAAUGUUAGUAUAGUAACUUUUUCGGCCCUUAAUCUAUCAACAAGUCCGAUAACAUCUGAAGAACGAGAAAUGGCACAUAAAAUAGAAUCUAUGCUGAAAGAAAUGCGCGAUGAGAGAUACAAAAUGGAAGUAGAAGAAUCUUUAGAUUAUGAAAACGAUAACGAUAUUCCAACAGCAGAGCAAUUCGAACUAGGAGAUAAAGAGGAAGAAGGUGAGCUAUGGACGCAAAUCCUAAAGUUAUAUGUACUACAGA